AACCAUGCUGUGGUCCCGGCAAGCAUGUCAGACACUCCGUCCGAUUUGAGCUUGAAUCGUGGAUCCGUUCAAUAUUCCGCAGCCGGCUCUUUGCUGGCCGAAUCCUCUCCAGUUCCACGAGCAUCGGGUGACGGGUCCCGAGUUGAAGCAGAACGAUUCCGAAAUCUCUCGGUCGGGGACGAGUUCAGUGGAUCGGAAAACAGUUCACGUUUCUCUUUUCGCGUGUUCGAUUCCCUUAACGCUCCAGUUCCGUCCGGAUCCGGUAUAGGCAUUAGUCGUUUCCGCGGUCUUCGCUAUUCCGAACGCUACACUCGCUCACCUAUCGCGCCAAGUACACCCACUCGGAUUGCCGCGACAAAUCUAGGCUAUGUGAAUCGGAUCAAGAAUCGUUUUGAAAGUUCGGACCAGUCCGGUGAGAUUGCCACACCGCCAUCCAGAAGUGAUAGUUUGGCGUCCACGUCUUCCGUGCCCACGGGUUACAUGAGCGGACUAGAUCGCAGCGGUGCGGAGGCAACAACUCCGGGUGCAACGAGUUCCGCGAAUGAUCUGGUCCCUGAACUCGUCGUGAACGACUGGAGCGACGAUCCGGAAAUGGUGGCCGGGGAAAGUUUUGAGGCUGCCGUCGAACUGCAGCGACACUUCCCGGACUAUCAGAUGCCGGCCAAAGGUCCCAAAAGCGAGGACUAUAUCCGCCUGUUAUGCUUGUUAGAAUUCCAUCAAAAAACGCAAUACAUGGUACGCCAUUUGAAGCAGUAUGAAUACUUGCUCUUGCGUUGUUGGCCUGUGGAACACAGGCGACUGGCUCAUGUGCUCUGUUUGGAUCAAAUACCCGAACUGAUUUGUCUAUUUCGUACACUGGUCAAAUGUAUCGAUCAGACCAAAACACCGCAAGGUUACUCCGGGAUGGGAGAGGCGGUAUACGCUUGGCUCACAGAUAACGGAUGUGCCAACCUUAAGAGUUGGGCUCAGCAUUGCCAAGCAUUGUCAUGCUCGAAUAUGCUUGAUUCCGUCCGUGUUAUUGUACGGGAUUAUGCACGCCGAAAUCCGGAUAUUGUACCUCUACUCGAAACGAGACACAACAAAUUCGUCCUCAUUGAGGGCCUCAAACAGAUGCGCAUACUCUAUUUCAAUUUGCCCCUGAUUGCUAACAAUAUAGUGAAAGACUUGGAGAAAACCAAAUCUUACAAAGCCGAGGCAAAAAUCUGGCGACAAAUCCAUGCCAAAUUGGCUAGUUUGCCUCAAACGAUCGAUGAUGUGUGCAUGCCUUUGGUCAAACGCAUCAAUCGUGGUCAAUUGUACACCAAUUUGGAUAAGAAAGAUGCCAUAUUUCGGCAGAAUCACUCCACAAUCGCACCAUUCGAGAAUUUAUUGCUCAAUUUCCCUCGUGUCUUGUUCCACUACUGGGUGGUUGCACAUGCUGAAGUGACUGUGGACAAACUAACCGUGACCAGUGCAAACAAGGUUAACCACGACUAUAUUCGCGAACGAACGGAAAUGCUCGCGAUCAUGCUUCACAAUGCUCUGAUGUUUCUAGUGAAGGACAACGAACGCUACAUUCUCCGCGCGUUCAAGGUCACUCGCGAACACGGCAGUGGUGGCGGGGGUGGGGGUGGAGUUGGUGUUCCUUCAUCCGCCAGCACCCUGCCCAGUGCAGUGAACGCAUCAAACGUGGCGGCAGCUGCAAACGCCAACAAUCCUAGUUCUGACUCUCGUUCUCCCCUGGUGCAUGCGGCCUCAGCCACAUCUGCCAACUCGACGGAAAGAGCUUCAUUUCAUUUAUCCUCGUCGUCAUUUUCAAGCUCCGGUCUGAGUCCCCAGGCACCGCCUGUUGGUGGAUCACUGAGCACCGCCACUGGGUCUUCCAUUUAUAACACCCUGUUCGGUGGCGGCUCAGCAUCUGCCACGGUUGCUGCUGCGGCUUCCGGAGUAGCGGGCGGUCACAGUAGCAGUCCAAGUCUUACUACCAGUCCACAACCAUCCGGAGGUCCCGGUGGAGUGGUUGGAGCGGCCGCAAAUAUGGCUGGNUGA